AUGGUAGCAUCGGACGGUGGCGGUGGUGGGAAAUUGACGAAGCUUCUGGGUUUGGGCUAUUGGGUGCAAGGAUUCAGGUGUUUUCCAUGGUUGGUUGUGAGUUUCUACCUCAAGGAUGGCCUCAAUGUGGACCCUUCCACUCUUCAAAUUCUUCAGAAUUCUGCCAAUCUUCCCAUGGUUGGGAAGCCCCUCUAUGGCCUCGUUUCAGACUCUGUCUACAUCUCAGGCCAGCACCGAGUUCCCUACAUCGCCUUUGGAGCUUUGUUGCAGGCACUGUCAUGGCUAAUGAUAGCAAUAUCUCCGUCAAACAUGUCUAUUUUCACUAUAUCCAUAUACCUCCUUCUUAGUAAUCUAGGUGCUUCAAUAGCAGAGGUUGCAAAUGAUGCCAUUGUUGCAGAGAAGGCUAAACAGACUCCUUCCUCAACCAAGCACCCCCAACCAUCCUCCUCAGGCAACCUCCAAUCGUUUGUUUGGAUAGCUUCCUCUGCAGGAGGAGUCCUUGUUCGUGAGAGUUCUCUUGGGCUCCCAAAGAGUCCAUCUGUUGGGAUAAGGAAUCAGCUUUCACAGCUAUUGGUUGCUCUAAGAAAGCCUGAAAUUGCGUACUCAAUAUCAUGGUUUACCGCAUCUUAUGCCAUUAUUCCUGCCCUUACAGGCACCAUGUUCUUUUACCAAACACAGCACUUGAAAAUAAACUCAUCAGUAUUGGGUAUCUCCAAGGUGUUUGGUCAGGCAACAAUGCUCCUAUGGGGCAUCAUAUAUAACCAAUACUUCAAAUCUGUCCCACCAAGGAAACUGAUAUCAGCCAUUCAAGCUAUGAUGGCAUUCUUCAUGAUUUCAGAUUUCUUGUUUGUUCGAGGUUUUUAUCGACAAAUGGGUGUGCCAGACUCACUAUACGUGGUGAUUUUCUCAGGAUUCUUGGAGGUUUUAUUUUUUUUCAAGAUUCUGCCAUUCAGUGUCCUAAUAGCACAGAUGUGUCCACGAGGAUGUGAGGGGUCUAUAAUGGCUUUUCUUAUGUCCUCCGUAGCCCUGGCCUUCAUUGUCAGUGGAUACCUUGGUGUUGCACUUGCAUCAUAUAUUAAGAUAACAGGAACUGACUUUUCAGGCUUUCCACAUGGACUUCUUAUACAAGCUGCAUGCACUCUCUUGCCAACUUUUUGGUCAUCAUGGAUAUCUGAUAAGGUAGAAUCAAAAGCAAAGCGAAAAGACAAACAUAAUUAA